AUGCCACGGGAUAACAAUACGUCUCUCAUUCAGAAAAUAGCCAGCCAAGCCAAUAUCACAUUUAAAGAUUUCAAUGCAUCCGCAAUUGGGGACAACAAAGUAUUCUUGGACAACCGGGGGGAUCUAAUCAACCUGCUGACCGAAGUCAGGGCUGCAGACCUGAAGAUCGCGCAGAUGAAACCGAACGGCUCCCAUUCCGACCAAAGCCCACCCGUCAAGUACAUGCACAUCUGCGAGACAGAGUCGUUCAGUAUGGGGGUGUUUCUACUGAACAGCGGGGCUUCCAUCCCGCUCCACGACCACCCGGGUAUGAACGGGAUGCUGAAGGUUCUAUACGGGAAGGUCAGUAUCAGGUGUUUUGACCUGUUGGAUAAACCUCCGGCCCAGUCGGAGAGUGAGACCCAGUUCGACCCGCCGCUGCUACCGUCCCAGAAGGACUGUCUGCGGCGAGCUGUGCUCAGGGCCACCACGUGGUUCACCCAUGACAGUAGUCCGUGUAUCUUAACCCCGCAUAGGGAGAACCUGCAUCAGAUCGACGCGGUGGAUGGACCUGCUGUCUUCCUCGACAUCCUGGCACCUCCGUAUGACCCGGAAGAUGGGAGGGACUGUCAUUAUUAUCAAGUCUUACAGACUGUUCCCAACGCAGACAGUAAGGUAGAGCCGCAGAAGGAGUGGGAGGAAGAGACGUGGUUACUAGAGAUAGGCCAGCCUGAUGGCUUCUGGUGUGGGGGUGAACCAUACCUCGGGCCCAAGGUCUCCUUCUAA